AGUUGUGUAAUUUCGCGGGCGGUCGUUUCGAAAUGGAAGAUUUUCUCGGCAAAGAGUACAUAUUACUUUCAAACGAAAAUUUCGAUGAUUAUUUAGCAUUUAUCGGUAUAAGUUAUUUUUCACGUAAGGUGGCAAUUAGUUUGAAACCGGUUCAAUGUUUGGUACGCAACGGAGACGGAACAUACACGUUUAGCUUCAAAUCGAAAUUCGCAAACUCUGAAGCUACGUUCAUACCAGGCGAGGAUUUUGUUGAAACUAAAGCGGAUGGUGUUAAGGUGAAGGCGUUAAUUACUUUAGAAGGAAACAAGAUGACACACAUACAGAUUGAAAGAAACGGUCGGACUUCGAAACACGUUCGUGAAUUCUUUAACGACAAACUUAUUGUAACGACCACGGCUGACGGAUUUGAUAAAAUUUCGACUAGGGUUUAUGAAUUGAAGCGAUGACGUCAUAACGACAACGUUUUUAACGUUAAUUAGGGUGUUGAAAAAGGAUUUUUUUAAAUUAAUAAUCACAUAUUAUGUACAAAUAAAUAUUAUAUACUUCUAUGUCUGCUGCUUGUAUUUGUAAAUACGUAUGAAAGAUGUUAUAAUUUUCUAGUUUUAAGCAAGGUUUUUUGCAUAAGUAUUAUUUGAAAUAAACAUGAUUAACAUUUGA